AAAAGAGUUGUGAAAAAUGAAUGAUGAAUUUCAACCGUUUUUGCAUUUCUUAAGAGUAUAAGAGGCUUUAUUGAAUUUAAUGUGACUUGUGUCUUUGUAUUCUUGAACAUUCUGUCCAUUUCAAUAAAAUAUCAGUGAUCUGAAAUGACAUGGUUACAUUUAUUUAUUAAAUAUUUUCAAGAGUUUCUCGUGUUGUCAAGAUUACACAAGUGUCAAUGCUUUUACUUUGAAGCUGCUAACUUGUUCUGUUGGUCGCUUUUGUUCCAUCUUGUGAUAAUCUUUGAAAAUGUAAAUAACACAUUCUACUGUUUCAUCUGUUUACUUGAAAUUUGGUGUAUUCAAACUAUCACCGUUAUAACAUAAUUUCCGCAUUAUCAAGAGUUAUUGAUUCAAUCGAAAGACUAUACAAUGUCUGUCAAUUACUCAGCUGGUUUGUCUUACUAUGAGGAUAAAGGAGUUUGUGGUUUGCCUGAGGUUGUCGAAAAUCCAGAAUCCAUCGAGGAAAAGAUCAAAACCUUGGCUGAAUGGAUCAAAACAUCAGAAUGUGUAGUCAUUCACUGUGGAGCUGGUAUAUCAACGUCUUGUGGAAUACCUGAUUUUCGUGGCCCCAAAGGUGUUUGGACUUUGGAGAAGGCAGAGGAAGAUGCAAAUAAGAAAAGUUCCAAGAAAACAAAAAAAGAUUUUAUUAAGCCUGAUGAUGUCAAAGUAGAAUCCCAUGAACAAUCUAAUGAAUCAACUGGACAAAGCAUUUCUUUUGAAGAUUCAAAGCCAAGCUUUACUCACAGAGCAUUAUCUCAACUUGCUUCAUCUGGAGUCAUACAUUUUAUUAUCAGUCAAAAUGUUGAUGGAUUAUUUCUCAAAACUGGAAUCAAUCGUCGUUUCAUUUGUGAACUACAUGGCAAUUUUUUCCUCGAUGAAUGUAAUGUUUGUGAUAAUCGUUUUAUACGCUCAACCUCAAGUCCAACCAUGGGUUUAAAAGUUUCAACUCGACCUUGUCCCCGACCUGGAAGACCCUGUAGAGGCUAUUUAAGAGAUACAAUACUUGAUUGGGAAGAUGAUUUACCAAUAGGUGAAUUAGAAAAGGCUCAAAAAUUUGCUAACAAAGCUGAUCUAUCAAUAUGCCUUGGAACUAGCUUACAAAUUGUUCCAGCUGCCAAUCUUCCUUUCGUUUGCAAAAAGAGAAAAUCAAAUCCUGGAAAAGUCGUUAUAAUCAAUUUACAGCCAACUAAAUUUGAUCACCGAUCUGACUUGGUAAUACACGAUUACGUUGAUUCUGCUUUACAGCUUCUCUGUAAAUUUUUAGACGUUUCUGUACCUGAAUAUGACCCUUCACGCGAUUUAACAAAAAAAGAAGAUGUGGAUCGAAAUAAAGUUUGGAAAUGAAACUACUGAAAGCAUUUUUUAACUCAAAUCUGUAUCUAUUUUGUACACAAUUUUAUCUUAACGUUAAAUGUGUAAAUAAUUUUCCUUGAUUUAAAAAGCUUCAUUCAGUUUCA